AUGUCUGAAUUAGUUGAACGUAAAGGUAUUAAAAUUGAAUCAACUGCAACAUUAAAAAAGAAAACAAAAGAGAAAAAAUCCAAAUCAAAAGAUCUUGAACAUGUACGUAUUAUUGAUGAUGAUGCACCAGUGCCAUGGGGUACAACAACAGAACCUGAUACAAUAGCUAAUGAUGAAAUUGUUUCAAUUGAAGAUGCUCCAGUUGUUAUCGGUAUUGUUGAUGAACGUCCAUCUGAAAUACGUGAAAAAGAACGUUUUAAUGAUGUUAAACGUUGGCGAACAGCAGCUUUUGAAGAAGUACCUGAACCUGAUAGUAUAGGACCUCAACCAAAACCAACAAAAAUUCUUUCUUCAUCAAAGUCUCGUCAACAACAAAAUUCAUCUGAUGAUAGUGAUUCUGAAAUCGAUCAACAUCAACCAAGAAAAAAAAAUGAUCCUGAUUUAUCUCCACCACGACGAACAACACAGCAGAAUGAUGAUGAUCCAUCUCCUCCGAGAAGAAGGCGUCAAUCAGAUGAUGAUCCAAGUCCACCACGACGACGUGAUCUAUCUCCACCACGAAGAAAACAUGAUGAUUCAUCUCCUCCGAGAAGAAGACGUCAAUCAGAUGAUGAUCCAAGUCCACCUCGACGACGUGAUCCAUCUCCACCACAACGAAAACAUGAUGAUACUUCUUCUUCACGAAAAAAACAUCGAACAACUGAUGAUUCUAGUUCAUCGAGACGGUAUGAUUCAUCACCUCCUCGACGAAAACCCAAAUAUAAUGAUGAUUCAAAUCUAUCAAAACGACGCGAUACUUCUCCAUCUCACAAACGGCAACCACGAGAUGAUAAUGAUAUAAGUCCUCCAAGACGUCAAGAUAAAUCUUCAACUUCUCAUCGAAAAAAUGAUCGACAUUCUCGACAAGAUUCACCAUCAUCAACAACAACAACAACAAAUCGUCGAUCAAAACAAGAAUCACCUCCACCACCUUCUCAACCAGCUAAAUCAGAACGACGACGUUUAGCUGAACACAAAGAACAAGUAACUGAACGAUAUGCACAAUGGGGCCGUGGUUUAGCUCAAGUUCGACAGACGGAAGAGGCUGUGAAAGAUUAUUUAGAACAAGCAUCAAAACCAUUAGCACGUUAUCGAAACGAUACGGAUCUUGAUGCUAUGCUUAAAGAAAGAGAACGUGAAGAUGAUCCAAUGCUCAAAUAUCUUUCCAAACGAACAUCUGAUGUAGGUGAUCGAACGAAUAAUAGUAAUAGUGCUCCACCUAAACCUCGUUACAGAGGACCUGAUCCUCAAAAGAAUAGAUUCGACAUUUGGCCUGGUUAUCGAUGGGAUGGUGUCGAUAGAUCAAAUGGUUACGAAAAGAAAUUAUUUGAAUCGAUUGCUAGUCGGCAUGCUAAAUCACAAGAAGCCUAUCUAUGGAGUGUUGAAGAUAUGUAA